CGACUGCUUUCCACUGACCGUCCUCGCUGCUCUCGUCGUGCUGCUCGCCUAAACCACUGUUGGAAACACUGUUGAUAACCUCCGCUGAGCCGCAAAAAUGGCCGAAGACUUGGUACUCCCGAUCCCGAAUCUCUCUCUGGCACAGGACUACUUCGUCCUCUCCUCGCCAUCCCUCGCGCACCUCCAUGAGAACGCGCGUAAGUCCCUCCUUGAGGGCAUCCAGGCUGACCAAAUGGCACCAUACUACCGAAUAGUCAUCUCGACCUCCGCCUUGCCUCUAGAUCAGUCCCUCCUUGACCGUAUGGAGAAGGAGAACAAGGACGAGCUGGACAAGAUUGAGGAGCGGCUAGAAGAGGCGAAAAAGACUGAGGGCGAAACGGACAUCGCAGACGCACUUCGCGCUCGUGCGAACUACUUGACGAGGAUCGGAGACAAGGACAAGGCAAUUGAGGCUCAGAAGCUCGCGUUGGAGAAGACGCCAGGACUGGGUUCAAGGAUAGACAUCGUCCUGACCCUCAUCCGGAUCGGUUUCUUCUACGGUGACCAUGACCUGAUCACGCAGAACCUGCAGCAGGCAGAAGAACUGGUAGAGAAGGGCGGAGAUUGGGACCGGAGGAACCGUCUGAAGGUCUACCGUGGUCUCCAUCUACUUUCCAUCCGACAAUUCAAGCGUGGUGGCGAGCUGCUCCUCGACGCGCUGUCAACAUUCACGGCGACAGAGCUCAUUUCUUACAACGACUUCGUCGCGUCAACCAUUAUUGCCAAUGUGCUCACCCUGAGCCGACCGGAUCUCAAGAAGAAGCUCAUCGCGGCUCCUGAAGUCAUCCAAGUCCUGCCAGAACUUCCCACACUUUCCGACCUGAUGAAGAAUCUCUAUGAUUCGCAUUACGACAAGUUUUUCGUCGCGCUCGCCGCGCUCGAGCAAACACAUCUCAAGCCCAACCGCCUCCUCGCACCGCACAGCCGCUACUACGUCCGGGAGAUGCGCAUCCUCGCAUAUAACCAGCUUUUGGAGUCCUACCGCAGCCUCACCCUCGACAGUCUUGCCCGGUCGUUCGGCGUGAGCAUCCACUUUGUCGACAACGAGCUCUCGCGAUUCAUCGCCUCUGGCCGACUACACUGUACGAUCGAUAAGGUUAACGGCGUCGUCGAGACCAACCGGCCAUCGGUUAAGAACGCGCAGUACGAGACCGUCGUCCGCCAAGGCGACAUCCUCUUGAACGCGGUGCAGAGACUGAGCAAGGUGUUGUACUGAACGAGCAGUGUACGGACCGACUUUCCACAUGUGUUAUAGAUAGCUUUCGGGGACAAAGGUCGCUAGAAGCUUGACGGAUUGUGAGGGUGCUUCAGUGCACUGCGUACGAGAAUGGCUAAGAUUACAACAUUAUUCCGGUAGUGAUGGCCUUCAUAUGGAUGCAGAGGAAAGUCGCAGGUGAGAGAUAGGAUAAGGGGACGGGUUCAUGGUCGCUUCUGAGGGGGCUCUUCUGGUGGUACGCCCCAAUCUGGGACGCCCUUUGGACGCUGUAUGCGCUUCGGCUCCCAGUCUUCGGCUGCCGUAGAGCUUAGUUUAAAAUACUCCUCCCGGAUGUCGAACUGUUUCCGGUUCUUCUGCAGACCCAACUCUUGCUCCUUAUUCAGUGCCGUCACUUUUUGGGAAUGUAGAUCAUACCGCGUCUGGGUGAACUGCUGCAUGCCGAACGAUGCCCCAACGAUGAGCAGCACGAACGGCACCCCAAACAGGGCCGGAUAUCGCCUAAAGAGCCUGCUGUACGCGGCCUCGUUGAGCGGAUUUGAGGGAAAGGCUGGCAUGGUCGUCCGAGUGCAA